AUCAGCUGUUUAGUGUAAACAAUACCGCAUGGAAUAGCCUGGGUCUGUGCACUUUAGAUCUUCCGGGUAAAAAUUACGAGUAAGAAAUUGAGAACAAGUGAAAAAGUUGACCUACAACGCAGAUUUCAUCAUAGUAACCAUGUUGAAAAGUCUAAGAUUACAGUCUUGUAAGGUUUUGCACUUGAUAAAUCAUGUACAGAAUAACAAAGUUAUUCCUAGACCUGUGUCUUUUGUGCAGCAUAUGAACUUGUUUCGCCAUUAUGGCAUAAGACAUUCUCAUGUCCCAUUUGUUGAAGAAGAUACCCUGAGCUUCAAAAUAUUGGAACAUAUGAGAAUUAGUGAUAAAUAUGCCACUGCCCAUACUAUGGAAAAAAUUGAAAAAAAUUCUUCAGAAAGCAGUCAGGCUAUAAAACAGAUGUUACUUGUCAUAGCUCAUAAUCCUGAUGUUAAAACAUCAGAUGUUCUUCGUCUGUUCUCAUUAUAUGCUUCAUCUGGACGGUUUUUAUCCCAAGAUUUGAUAUCAAACAAGUCAUUGAUGUCUGAGGCAAAACACAAGAUUUUACAAAGCUUUCCUUGGAUGACAGAAAAUGAAUUGAAGAAUUUAGCCUACUUGCUAAAGGAAUUAGAAUUUGAGAAAAGUGGAUAUUUACAGUAUCUUGUAAAAGGAGUUAAUGAAGAAUGUUUAAAAAGAGCCUUAGCAAGUGACCUUCCUGAGAGUCUCAGACUGUUUGAUAUCCUCUUGAUUCUUCAUGGUAACGCAAUUUACAGGAAAAGAGAAUAUGACACUUUUAUAUCAUUGUUUGAAGCUAAUUUAGACACAGCUCACCCUCAUCAUUUAGUUCAAAUUUUGCAUUAUAUAGGUCUUGGCAAGAAAAAAAAGUUAUCUAAGGAAUUCAUUCAGUUGAUAAUUGGGAAACUGGAUAAACAUUUGGAUGAUCUGACGUUCAGAGAUCUUGGAAUAGCAGUGGCUGGCAUAUUCAAAUCCAAUGUCAAGCUCAACAGAACAUCAGCCUUUGUUUUGCAGAUUGUAUGAAAUGUAAAAUA